AUGGGGUUCGCAGAGCUCAAAAAGUCCCUUGGGCCCUGCUUGACAGAUCUGUGCAGUCACUGGAGGUCCUGGCGCUACUACGCCGAGUCCGUCGUUCACAACGAAGCUUUCCCGGCACUUGCUUGCAAUUCUCUGGCAUCCUUUCAGCAGGGCCUCUGCGACAAUAACAAUAUCGUCCAUAUGGGAUAUGCAAUGCCGAAGAAUACAUCUGGCACCUUUUUCUUGACAACUACUAACGCAUCUCCAUUUGGAAAAGGAAUCAACGGGGUCAGGCGCAAGGAGUAACAAGAUUUCGGACGA